GCAGGAGUGACCGGUCGAGGACGGAUGCUUACGGUACUCCUCCUUGGCACCUGAUCCCGCCUCUGGUACGUUCAUGGCUCCGUGGUUGCUCUACUGCGAAUUUUGAAUUCUUUAUAGGAAUUAUGAAAUUCAUCUUCACUUUUUCAUUUAUUCGGAAGAGUGAUUCUAUAUAUUUACAAAAUAUGACAUUUGAUCAUCGAUGAUUUGAUGAUAUCGUUGUUGUUUUUUGUUGUUGUUGGGUUUUUUUUUCGCGCUAACAACCGAUGGCGAUUAUGUAUGUGGAUGUAUAUUUUGUGACCAGACGCAUUUCCUUUUCUUGUCUAAGACUUCGGGCAGUAGGGACGCCAAACACGUGACUAUAUACCCCAGUAUCACAGACCGGCAAUUCUAUUAACUAGUCAUAUGUCUGAUAUCAUCUAAACAGAAAAACUUGUCAUAUAUUCAAAAUGGAUUGGAAAUAUUUUGUGCUGAUAUUGCUUCUAAAUCUUUAUAUUGUGGCUGCAGUGGGAGAACCUCAGACAUGUCCAGAGCCUUUUGUGGAACUCCACGGAAGUUGUUACUACUUCCACACCGAGCUCACCACGUACAAUAGAUCGGUGGAAGUCUGUCAUGAACUGGGAGCGACCCUGGCGCAGAUAGACUCUGCAGAGGAAGAACAGGCUCUCACCCGUCACAUUGAAGAUCAAGGAAUGUCUCUGAAAAAACAGAUUCGUAAUACCAAGAGAAAGAAAAGAGCUGUUAUGACACAGAACGAGCGAAACAGUGAAAUGCAAUAUUACCUGGAAACACUGUGCAGAUUGGAAGACCUCGGACUGGCUUGGUCAGGCUUUUUCAACGCACUCCCGGAUAUAAAAGUACCGAUGGGUCAAAAAGAUCGUGCUCUAAUGACAACACCACCUGGCAUGUCCAUCAAGAAAUCAUCCAUUCCAAAUGCUGGUCUAGGCGUGUGGACGGACGUUUUUAUACCCGCGAAAACAAUUCUAGGCUACUGUGCCGGGAGAGUGGUGCCAGCGGCUACGGUUAAGGACCGUUCGUAUGCGUGGACUAUAAAUAUUGAUGAUGAAGAUUACCUAGCGGAUGCUGCAGAUUCUGCCUACGGUAACUGGCUCCGGUAUGUAAACAGCCCCAGGACAGAUGAGGAAGAAAAUGUUGUGCCUGUUAUGUGUGAAAGCAGGGUGUUUUAUGUUGUCCCCAGGGAUAUUGCGCCUAACGCAGAACUGAUGUUGUCGUACGGAAGUGAUUACGACUGGCAGCUGGGCACAGAGAGAAAUCAUCCGCAUUCCGAAAUUCCAAAAGGAUCUUGGCAAAUUCGCAUUAACCACAUUCACGUAGGCCAGAAAGCAAAGCUGACGCAUCCAGAUGGCUCGUCUGUUGAAUAUUCAAACUUCCGGCACGCCAGGUCGAGAGUUGGAACUCUAAAACUCCUAUUGUCGCUUCAUGAGGGUAAAUGGUCGUGGGCAAAAGAAGAAGAUUGUUCAUUCUAUACAGAUCUUAAAGAUGACUACAUCCAUUAUCCUUUUAUUUGCGAGAAAACUAGAGAAAGACAUACUGAGGGAAGGGCAAUGACAUUAAGCCUGAUGGCGCUGAUUUUUGUUUUUCUUAUCCUCACGAGUUCUUGUUUAAGAGCACCUUACCUGCUUGUAAAACAUCGUGUAAAUUAAAGUUCAAAUUUUUCAUAAUAUACAUCUCUACUUGA